CGUUGUUAUAUACAUUUUCGCCUUGCAUUGUCUGGAUUAGAAAAAUAAUUUUUUUAACAGUAAAAUCAAUGCAGAAAAUUGUUAAAUUGAGACAAUAGUGUUUAAAAAACAAUUAAUAUUGUGAUGUGAGAUUAGUUUUUGUAAAAAACUACGAAAUUUAUGUCAUAAAUUCAUGUGAAGAUUAUUUGAGUUCGGCAUUCAAUACACCCCUACUCUACUACCUGUGUCCACCGUCAAUACCAAAUAAAACAGACUAGCGGCGAAAAUGAUUUGAGACAAUUUUCACUUUUGGAACAAAAGGAAUUUUUUUCAUACCAUACAAGAUAAUUUCUCCAAUUCAUAGUCGCCAGACUAUAAAAUUCGUUUUCAUUUGAAAUUAUUUCAUUGUAAUUGGAAAAACCUCUUAUUUUUAAGUUUUUCUUUCGUUUACUUUGUGUGCUUGGCAGUGUUUUAUUUAUUGGGUUCUUUCACAAAACGAUUCUCUGCAUACACAUUUCACAUAAGUUCAGCCAGCCAGCUAGUCAGACAGACAUACCCACUCUCUAGUGAGACCAUCAUCGUCAUUAGACACAUCAAAGUUGGUUGUCGCCUUUUGCAUCUUUACAAAUAAAUCAGCAUCAUCUUUAAAUUUUAGUUAUGUCUGCUACCGCCGGAAAACGAAAAGAAAUCUACAAAUACUUGGCGCCAUGGCCAUUGUACUCCAUGAAUUGGAGCGUACGUCCAGAUAAGAGAUUUCGUUUAGCUCUAGGAAGUUUUAUUGAAGAAUACAAUAAUAAAGUUCAAAUUAUAAGUCUGGAUGAGGACACAAGUGAAUUCAGUGCUAAAAGCACAUUCGAUCAUCCAUAUCCAACUACAAAAAUUAUGUGGAUACCCGAUUCAAAGGGAAUAUAUCCCGAUUUACUGGCCACAAGCGGUGAUUAUUUGCGCGUUUGGCGUGCUGGCGAACCAGACACACGAUUAGAAUGUGUACUCAAUAAUAAUAAAAACAGCGAUUUCUGUGCACCCUUAACAUCGUUUGACUGGAAUGAAGUGGAUCCAAAUUUAGUGGGGACUUCAUCAAUUGACACAACAUGCACCAUAUGGGGUCUGGAAACAGGUCAACCACAUGGUCGUGUUUAUGUUGCGGGUCAUGUGAAAACACAAUUAAUUGCCCACGAUAAGGAGGUGUACGAUAUAGCAUUUUCAAGGGCUGGUGGAGGACGUGAUAUGUUUGCUUCCGUGGGUGCAGAUGGUUCCGUUCGUAUGUUUGAUUUGAGACAUUUGGAACAUUCAACAAUUAUCUAUGAGGAUCCCACACAUACAGCUUUACUACGUUUGGCUUGGAACAAACAAGAUCCAAAUUAUUUAGCCACCGUUGCUAUGGACUCAUGUGAAGUAAUAAUAUUAGACGUUCGUGUUCCUUGUACACCUGUUGCAAGACUGAGCAAUCAUAGAGCGUGCGUCAACGGCAUUGCGUGGGCGCCGCACAGUUCCUGUCACAUAUGCACUGCCGGUGAUGACCACCAAGCACUGAUCUGGGAUAUUCAGCAAAUGCCACGUGCAAUCGAGGAUCCAAUUUUAGCUUAUACAGCCGCCGAAGGUGAAGUCAAUCAAAUCCAAUGGGGUGCUACGCAACCCGAUUGGAUAGCAAUUUGCUAUAACAAAGCUUGUGAGAUAUUGCGUGUCUAGAAGCAGCAUCAUGGGAAUAAUGCUCAAAGGACGACGUAUAUAAGACAAAUUCUCAUAUAUGCACCACAACAGCCACAACCACAGCCACAACAAAAUUUAAUAAUAAUUAUUAUUAUAAAACAAAAAAACCAACAAAAAAAAAACUCUUAUACUACAAUUAAUUAUAAUUAUUAUCAUUUAUAUCGUCAUUAUUAUAACUCUUAUUAUGUAUUCAUAUUGUUUUUUAUUUUGCGUUAACGACAACAAUUAUAACAAUAAAAGUUAUAAUAAUGGUGAUGAAAUUAUUGAAGAAGAAAGUGAAAUGUAAACGAUCGACAACACUUUUAGUGUGUGUGAUUUUGUUUAAUAAUAUUUCAACAUUUUUCUUUUUCUCUCUUUCUUUUUGCACACCA